UUUUACUGUUGUAUUACCUCUUUUGUACUAUUGGGUGUUCUGAUAAUACAGUUUUCUCUAUUAUUGUUAUAAAACAUUUCCAGAAUUUAAAUAUAUUUUCAGCAUAGUUUUAAUUUUAUUUUGUAUUACACUAACCUUUUAAAAUGACUGAUCAGCAAAUGGAUUGUGCUCUUGACUUGAUGCGAAGGUUGCCCCCGCAGCAAAUUGAGAAAAAUUUGACAGAUCUAAUAGAUUUAGUACCCAGUCUAUGUGAGGAUUUGCUGUCUUCUGUCGAUCAGCCUUUAAAAAUAGCACAGGACCGUAAUACGGGGAAAGAUUAUCUUUUAUGUGAUUACAAUCGUGAUGGGGACUCGUACAGAUCACCGUGGUCGAACACUUAUGACCCUCCACUCGAAGAUGGAUCUAUGCCAUCAGAAAAGUUGAGGAAAUUAGAGGUAGAAGCAAAUUACGCUUUUGAUCAAUACAGAGAAAUGUACUUUGAGGGUGGUGUAAGCUCUGUGUACUUGUGGGACAUGGACCAUGGAUUUGCAGGUGUAAUAUUGAUAAAAAAAGCUGGAGAUGGCUCACAAAAGAUCAAAGGAUGCUGGGAUUCUAUUCAUGUAGUUGAGGUAGUUGAAAAGAGUUCAGGUCGAAAUGCUCAUUACAAAUUGACUUCAACAGCGAUGCUGUGGCUACAGACUAAUAAGGAAGGCAGUGGAACCAUGAAUCUGGGGGGCAGUCUCACUCGACAGGCUGAGCAAGACUCGUCUGUGAGUGAUGUAACACCCCACAUCAUCAACAUUGGACGCAUGGUUGAGGAUAUGGAGAACAAGAUCAGGAAUACACUCAAUGACAUUUAUUUUGGCAAAACAAAAGACAUCGUUAACGGCUUACGAUCUGUGGUGCCAGCUGAUGUCGCCCGGCGAACAGCAGCGCUGCAGCACGAUUUGGCCGUAGCCCUUCAGCGCCGCCACGUCGCACGCGCUGACUGAACGGCCAAACGAUUAGUAUCCAGACGAGGUGGAGAUAUUGGGUUUAUUAGAUAAACAUAAAUAAGUAGAAGAAUAACAGAAAAGGAAGAUUCAGCCAUUAGACUGUUAAUUAAUUGUGUCUGACGGCACCAAGGACUCACUAUACUGUACCACUUACUAAUUUUAAUAGUUCUUGGUCGUCCUAAUGUUAAAAUUAUGUAAAGCUGAAGUUUUUUCUUAUAGACAUUAUAAAUGUAAAGAUGUAUUUGAGAUUGUAUUGAAAAAUUAAUUCCUUAGAUUUAGUGAUCAGCGACCUCUGUGGUGCUUUGAAAAAUAGUAUAUUUCUCUAUUUUAAAGUCGUAAUAGGAACUAUUCCCGAAUUCUAUGUAAAGUGUGACUUGUGAGUAGAACUAUUGUAAAAUAAACACAUUGUAAAAUAGUAAUUUACCCAAAUCAUCCAUCUUAUUAUUUACGAAUUGCAUUUUUAUUGCUUAUAUUUUAUAAUGUAAAUUAAAGAAAGUGUAUUUUUUAAAUUAAGGCAUAUUGUAACAUUCAGUAUUGAAGCAACAAGCCGUAUCGCAGUGUUGCUUUUAAUUCACAAUGUACAGUUUUAAUUAACUGUAUUCUCUAACUAAAUAAAUAUUUAUCCAGUA